CUGUGUGGAAGUCAACUAGGAGCUCUGCACAGAACUCCGUAUCUGGGUCAUGUCGAAACAUGUGCAUGUAGGUUCAAAGUUGAAACACUCAUUGCUGCUGUAGACGUGUCGACUGGAGGACCAUGGCGGACUUUGUGAUUCUAAAGACCCAGAAGGAGAACCCGUGCUUACAUUUGAAAGGUUAUAGGUAUCAUAAGAAACGGACGAACCAAAACGGAAGCACAGCGUGGCGGUGCGCAUCGUACCUGACUGGUAAUUGCAAAGCUAGCGUCAUCACCGAAGGCGAGCAAGUGCGACGACGUCUCCACGAGCACAACCAUCCCGCGGACAGUGCGGCAGUGCAGCGACUUUCGUUGCAAACCACGUACCACGAGGUGCCCGCAGUCAAGUCGCUGGUCCGGAAAAUGGUGUCCCUCGCUUUCCUCCCACCCCCUAUGGUGCCGCGUGCGUGGGCAGUGCUUCGGCAAGAUGGACAGGAAGCUGGAGAGCCCAACGUCGAUCGACUAAUCGACUACUUCGAAAGCACGUGGAUGGAGGGAAACUUCGAAGUUCAUCAGUGGAAUCACAACGGCAACCGUGGUCCGAGGACAAACAACCACCUUGAAGCGUGGCAUCGAAAAAUUAAUGCACGGGUCAACAAAGCGCACCCAAAUAUAUAUUCGUUCGUCGAUCUUAUCAAGAAGGACGAAGCGCUGAACAGCAUCCACCUGCUGCAACUAUCUCACGGAGGCAGCCUUCGUGCCCGGGAUCGAAAAUGGGUGCAUAAAGACAGAAAGCUGGAGCAACUCGAAUCGGACCUCAACAACGAGAGGCUGACGAUGCUCCAGUUUUUAAACGAAGCGAAGCAAUUCUGUGGUCUGUAGCCCUUCUCAGAAAAUUUUGUAUGCGUCGUACAGCGGUUACAAUAAAAACAAAAUGAGCAGAAAAAUAAAU